CCUUAUCAUAUCAACAUUCAUCACCUCACUGACGGCUGCGGCCCUGAGCGCAUCGUUUUGUACGCGCCGCUGCAAGUGACGCGCUCGCCGCCACUGUUACAGGCUGACAACACCCGCCUCCCUUCCGCCGCUGCGCGUCGCGCACGAGAUCUGCGGCCAUGGCGACGAAACGCGCGCACUCGGCCAUGAAUGCGGCGCCGGAGGAUGAAGAACCUGUAGACCCCUCAGAUGAGCUCAUGUUCCUCGCGCUUGGAGGCGGCAACGAGGUGGGCAGAUCCUGUCACAUCAUACAGUACAAGGGCAAGACAGUCAUGCUGGAUGCGGGCAUUCAUCCGUCUUACGAGGGCUUGGGCGCUCUGCCCUUCUACGAUGAGUUCGACCUGAGCACCGUCGACUUGCUCUUAAUCACACACUUUCACCAGGACCACUCCGCUUCUCUGCCCUAUGUCUUAUCCAAGACGAACUUCGCUGGCAAGGUCUAUAUGACGCACCCCACCAAAGCAAUCUACAAAUGGACGACCCAAGAUGCUGUGCGUGUGCACAAUACGCAUACUCCAGCUUCAUCCACAUCUGGCACAGACGGCUAUGUCAGCCAGUUAUACACCGAACAAGACAUCCUCUCGACCCUGCCCAUGAUACAAACCAUCUCAUUCCACACCACUCACUCGCACAAUGGCAUUCGGUUCACUCCGUACCCUGCUGGUCACGUCCUCGGCGCCUGCAUGUACCUUAUCGAGAUCGCCGGGCUCAACAUUCUGUUCACGGGCGACUACUCUCGCGAGAAUGAUCGACACUUGAUCCCAGCAGCCGUGCCCCGAAAUGUCAAAAUCGAUUGUCUCAUUACCGAGUCGACUUUUGGCAUCAGUACCAGGACUCCUCGGCAAGAGCGUGAGAAUGCGCUCAUCAAGUCAAUAACAACAAUCUUGAACCGCGGCGGUAGAGUUCUGAUGCCUACAACUGCUGUUGGUAACACCCAGGAACUGCUUCUGAUCUUGGAGGACCACUGGCAGAGGCAUGAGGAGUAUCGAAAGUUCCCAAUCUACUACGCUUCUGGUCUUGCCCGGAAGGUUAUGGUUGUGUAUCAGACAUACGUCGACGACAUGAAUGACAGGAUCAAGUCCAAAUUCCAAGCCAGUGCCGCCGGCACCUCGGUCGGAGAGGGCGGUACUGCUGGACCAUGGGACUUUCAAUUCGUUCGUGCACUCAAAGGUGUCGACCGAUUCGAGGAUGUUGGCGGUAGUGUUGUACUGGCCUCGCCCGGAAUGUUGCAGAAUGGUCCUUCGCGUGCACUGCUCGAGCGUUGGGCACCGGACCAGAAGAACGGUGUCAUUAUCACGGGAUACAGCGUCGAGGGGACAAUGGCCAAGAAUCUUCUGCUAGAGCCUGAUCACAUCACUGCCGUGACUAUGGAUCGUUCGGCAGGCAAUGUGUUGGGGAAAAAGGCGGGCGGGCCAGACGGCGAAAGACAGCAGAUUCCGAGGAGGUGCACGGUACAAGAGUUCAACUUUGCCGUCCACGUUGAUGGCCAGGAGAAUCGAGAGUUCAUCGAGGAAGUCGCUGCUCCUGUCGUCAUCCUUGUCCAUGGCGAGAAGCACAAUAUGAACAGGCUCAAGUCUAGACUGUUAGGAACCGGCAAGAUGAAAGUCUACUCCCCAGCCAACUGCGAGGAGGUGCGAAUACCUUUCCGGCAAGAGAAGGUCGCUCGAGUUGUUGGUCGGCUAGCAUCCCUUGUUCAGCCCCCAACAAUGUUACCAAGUCCAUCUGCAACAAGCGACGAGGACGAAGACAUGACGGAAGGUGCUGUCAAGAAGCCCAAAUCGGAGUUUGAUCAAACUUCGUCUCUGGGUCAAGUCAUCUCUGGAGUGUUAGUGCAGAAUGAUUUCAAGCUUUCACUCAUGGCACCUGAGGACUUGAAGGAAUACGCUGGUCUCACAACAACUACAAUCGUCUGCCGACAACGAUUGACACUGGCCUCUGCUUCUACAGAUCUGAUUAAAUGGGCCUUGGAGGGCACCUUUGGCACGAUAGACGUCACCCGCAAUAGCGCGAACGGGAAAGUCAAUGCGAAUGGCAAACAAGAGGAAGCCGACGAAGAACUUCCAUCGCAUCACGCGACAAUUUUCGAAGUCAUGGGAGGAUGCGUGCGUGUCAUUUGCCAAGAGAACGGACUCGUGGAGCUUGAGUGGGAAGGAAAUGCCACCAACGAUGCAAUUGCAGAUGCUGUCAUGGCCGUUCUGCUGACAGUGGAGAGUUCGCCCGCUGCAGUCAAGCAGAGCUCAAAACCUCAUAGCCACAACCACGGCGCGCCACAAGGGAACAGCGCAAUCGCUGGCAAGAGAAAUCUUCACGCAAACCUAACUCCAGAGGAGCGGCUGAAUAGACUUUUCAUGUUCCUCGAGGCACAAUUUGGUGAGGAGGCCGUCAACCCGAUCAACAAGCCGAAAAUUGUAACGCCAGAGACCAAUGGCGAGAAUGAGGCAGAGGAAAUUGAUCUGGAGAAGCUUCAGCAGCAGGAACUAGCUCGAUUGGUCUCCAUCGGUAUUCCUGUACCGGGAGUGGAGAUCCGAGUCGAUAAGAGCGUCGCGAAAGUCUGGCUCGAGAAGUUGGAAGUUGAGUGCGCGGUCAAGCCGUUGGGAGACCGUGUUCGCGCUGUGGUUGAGCGUGCUGUUGAGACUGUUGCUCCGCUUUGGCAGUAGUAUGAUGGGAAUAAAAAGAAAAGUGCGAUUUGCCCGGCAUAGGAGCCAGGGCGUUCGAUCGGUUCGCAGUCGUGCAGUAGUCAGUGAUUGGGAUUGAGCGCCACAGCUAUUUUUGUACGAAUAUCGUCGUGGUUGCAGUGAUGGCAAUCCACAAAAUAAGGUCAUAUGGCCGCGUUCUUGCCUCCGCCAACAACAUCGC